GUCUAACCGAUUCCUCGAAGAAAAUAAACUGAAAUGGCAGCUUGUCUUCUUCUCAGUGGAAUUCAGGGGCUUAACUACCAAGGGAUCACCGGCGGAAUCGGUGCGAGACCUCAUCCGGUAUGCCGCAGUAUAGCAUAUUGGCGACAAGCAGAAGAGAAAGUGAGUGGUGUUAAUAUGGGGAGUCUGAGAGCUAACUCGCCGACGCCAAGCCCAAGGGAGGCGACGUGGGAUUAUCGGAAAUGGAGAAACAAAGAAGCGGAGAUCCUCAGGGACAUUGAGCCUAUCCUUCUGCUCACCAAGCAUAUUCUUCACUCACCUAGGUACAUGGAUGGGGAGAGACUGACUGUUGAGGAUGAGAAAGCUGUGGCUGAUAACCUUCUUGCCUACCAUCCACGUUUCCAAGAUAAAGUUGCAUGUGGCAUUCAAUCCAUUAUGGUUGAUCGACAUCCGCAAUAUCAAAACUCAAGGUGUCUUUUUGUUGUAAGAACUGAUGGUGGCUGGAUAGACUUCUCCUACCAGAAGUGCCUUCGGGAAUACAUCAGACUUAAGUACCCAGCUCAUGCCCAAAGAUUUAUUCGGGAACAUUUUAAGCGUGAGAGUAGUUAAUUACGUAUGUAUUGCAACUUGACUACUAAUUGUGUGUGUGUGUGUGUGCAUGUCUUCCUCAUAAUUUAAUCCCAACGGCCCCCUCUGUCAGUAAUGAUCGCACUUCUCUUCAACCUCAUAUUCCGCACAGGUGGCUGUCUUUCAUUCAACUAGGGACCAAUCAUCCGCCACUAUAACCCCUCAUGCCCCACUUUCUCCCUUCUAUGAUACAAUAUACUGUUGCGGACACAUUUUGUAUAUAUAUUUUAUUUUAACCGCAUACAAUUCACUAAGUUUACCUACCA